UAUAAUCAAUUUCUCAAUACUUCAUUUUAGUACCUCAUCUUUCCACUCACUCACGCUUCCUUCCUCCCUUCUAUGGCUGUAGUUCGUGAACGCCGCCAGCUCAACCUCCGCCUCCCUCUUCCCGAACCCUCCGAGCGCCGCCCUCGCUUCCCCUUACCACUCCCUCCCAACGCAACCACCGUCGCUACCAACAACACCGGUGCAAUUAAUAUCUCUUGCAACGAUCUUGAAAAGCUUCAAGUUCUUGGCCAUGGAAACGGCGGUACAGUCUAUAAAGUGCGUCAUAAACGCACUUCCGAAAUUUAUGCCUUAAAAGUGGUCCACGCUGACACCGAUGACGCCAUCGUACGCCGCCAAGUCUUCCGAGAAAUGGAAAUCCUUCGGCAUACAGAUUCUCCUUAUAUAGUUCACUGCCAUGGGAUUUACGAAAAGCCGUCUGGUGAUAUAGGGAUUUUAAUGGAGUAUAUGGAUUUAGGUACUUUAGAUACCCUUGUACAGAAAGAAGGUACUUUUUCAGAAGCUAAACUUGCCCAUGUAGCUCACCAAGUUCUUAAUGGUCUAAAUUACUUGCACAACCACAAAAUCAUCCACAGAGACAUUAAACCUUCAAAUUUAUUAGCCAAAAAUGGUAACGAAAUGGAAGUGAAGAUUGCUGAUUUUGGCGUUAGCAUAAUCAUGCGCCGUACUUUAGAUCCUUGCAAGUCUUAUGUGGGUACUUGUGCUUAUAUGAGCCCGGAACGUUUCGACCCAGACGCAUAUGGAGGAAAUUAUAAUGGUUACGCUGCUGAUAUUUGGAGCUUAGGCCUUACUUUAUUGGAGCUUUAUUUGGGUUACUUCCCAUUUCUUACUCCGGGUCAAAGACCCGAUUGGGCUACCUUGAUGUGUGCUAUAUGCUUCGGUGAUCCGCCUAGCCUGCCGGAAAAUGCCUCCGACGAGUUCCGGAACUUUCUGGAGUGUUGCUUGCAGAAGGAAUCUACUAAAAGGUGGACGGCGGCGCAGCUAUUGUCACAUCCUUUUGUUUCUAAAGAUCCGAGAUCCGAUCGAUGAAACCGUUUUAUUACCGAAUAGACACUUGGAUCUGAAAUCUAAACCAUGAGCUUGGUUUUUGUACAUGUUAGUGGCCGGAUUCAGAUUUUUCAUUUUUUAAUUUUUUCUUUUCCUUUUGUAUAUUCUGAGGAUCUUCUGUAAUGAUGAAUCUGAUAAUCAACAAGAGACUAUCGGAUUUACCUUUUCUACAAUUCUUAUUGAAUUUUAUUUUUCUAAAAUUUCA